AUAUUUGUUUAAGAAAAAUAUCAUAAUUUUUAGAUACUGCAAGAAAUAGUAAUUAAUAAAUAAAAUUUAUGAGGUAAAAAAAAACAAUUAUCCAAGAUUAUAUAACCUCAAAAGUGAAGCCUGUAUUUGAUCAAUUGAUUGCUCGUAUAGUAAUAGAGAUGCCAGAUGAUGUUUAUGAAUGGUCUAUCAAUUGGUUAUAAAAAUAGUGUAAAUAUGCAGAUUAAUAUAAUAUAGAAAGAGGAUCAUAAGUUUUAAAAAUAAUAAAUCAUGAUUUAAGUGAAGAAGAGGAAGAAGAAGAAGAAGUAGUUUUGGAAAUUAAACAGAAUAAAAAACAAUAAACAAGAUCAGCAGUAUCAGCUGAAGUUUAUGGAGAAUAUAACAAAAAAGAGGAUUUCAUACCAAGAUUUAUAUAAAAAUCAGAAGGUUAAAUAGAAAGAAUCAAGAAAAGAAUCCUUAAUUCUUUUAUGUUUUAAGCAUUAGAUGAAAAAGAUUUAAAUAUAGUAUUAGGAGCUAUGGAUGAGAAAAAGUUUUAGUAAUAAUAAUAAAUUAAUUAAAGGGUUGGAGAUUUUGUAAUAAAGUAAGGAGAAGACGGAAAUGAAUUAUAUGUAAUUGAUGAAGGUCGUUUAGAAUGUUAUAAAAGAUUUGCAGGAUUAGAAGAAGAAAAGUUACUGAAGACAUACAUCCCUGGUGAAUCUUUUGGUGAAUUAGCACUAUUAUAUAAUGCUCCUAGAGCUGCUACCAUCAAAGCAAUUGAAAAUGUUACAACAUUUGCCCUUGAUAGAGAAACAUUUAAUAAUAUUGUCAAAUUUUCAGCCAUAAAAAAAAGAGAAUAAAUGGAAGAAAUCUUAAAUAAAAUUGAAUUACUCUAAUCUAUGGACAAUUAUGAAAGAGUUCAAUUAUGUGACGUUCUAAGAGAAGAAAAACAUUAAGCUGGACAUACCAUUAUUACAGAGGUUUAAUUAUUAUAUAUUAUUUUAGGGAGAAAUUGGGGAUCGUAUCUAUUUAAUUAUUGAAGGUGAACUAGAAGCUUUUUCAAAAAAAACAAAUGAUAAAGUUUAUGAUUACAAACCUGGUGAUUAUUUUGGAGAAUUAGCUUUAUUAAAAAAUAGUCCUAGAUAAGCCACCGUUAUUGCUAAAGUAUUAUAACUAUAUAUUUUAGACAAAUGUGACCCUCCUGUAUUGUGAUUUUAAUUCUUUCAAGAGACUAAUGGGUCCACUUGAAGAAGUUCUUAAGAGAAACAUUGAAAGAUAUGAACAAUAUUUAUAAAAAUGAAUAAACAUCCA